AUGUUUUCCAAAGUACUGACAUUAAGCGCUGUUUUAGCGGUUGCGGCAGCAGGUCUCAUUGCUGAACCUCAUUACUCCUCUGCUGCCGCAGUUUCUUCUCAAAGUAUCGUUCGACACGAUCAACCUCAUGCUGUAGCUGCCGCUCCAGUUGCAAUCCACGCUGCUCCAGUUGCCAUUCACUCUGCUCCUAUUGCCUACCAAGCCGCACCAGUACACUAUUCAUCUGCCGGAGCUGUAUCUUCUCAGUCAAUCCAACGUCAUGACCAGCAGCGUGCUGCUAUUGCAGUUGCACCCGUAGCCCACUACGCCGCUGCUCCAGUCGCUCACUACGCAGCUGCCCCUGUUGCUCAUUACGCAGCUGCCCCUGUCACCCACUACUCUUCCCCUAUUGCACAUGCUGCAUAUGCUGCUCACGAAGAAAUCAACUCUCACCCUCAGUACGACUUCUCUUACUCCGUACACGACGGACACACCGGUGACAACAAGUCACAGCACGAGAGCCGCGACGGUGACGCAGUGCACGGCGAGUACUCCCUGGUAGAGGCUGACGGAUCUGUACGUACCGUUCAAUACAGCGCUGACGAUCACUCUGGUUUCAACGCCGUCGUCAGCCACUCCGCUCCAUCAGUUCACGCAGGACCAAUCCCAGCUCACGCUCUUUUACAUCAUUAA